AUGUUCAUCCAUCGGAUCAGAGCUAUUGUCUUUCUUGCGACCCUUUUCUAUGGCAGUUGUAAAGCUAACACCAAUGGAUUGUUAUAUCCUACGCGAAAAGUCGCCGGCAUAUCAGUCAUCAACACGCCAAUCGUUCAAGAUGCUGAAGCAUUCGCGUUGGAGCAUAGUACCUACCCCAUCUACAAGCACGUCAUGCGGUCUUGGCUCUACGGAGUCCUCAUGAUCAAUGCCAACGAAACCUUCAGUGAUAGAAUCGACUUCGAAGUCCACGCUGUCGCCACCCUCUUGCACGACCUUGGCUGGGACACGACAGAAGCGUCACCCAUCAUCAGCGCUGACCGUCGGUUCGAAGUAGACGGGGCUUUCGCAGCGCGUGAGUUCAUACAAGAGCACCAAGAUGGAAAGUUUUGGCAUGAGAGGAACGUUCAACUUGUAUGGGAUGCGAUCGCGCUUCAUACAGAAAGGUCUAUAUCAUAUUUCAAGGAACUAGAUGUGUAUCGAAGGGCAUCGCAAUGGACUUUUCGGGACCAGCUUAUGGUGUUUCGGGAGAGGACUAUGCUGCAAUUGCCAAAGCCUUUCCGAAAAGUGAUCUCAAAGACAGUGUCAACCAGACUAUCAUCUGGCUUUGUGAUACGAAGCCUGAGACCACAUAUGCACUUGGAUGCAGCCUUUUGGGGAGAGAUACGUUGA